AUGGCCGAGUACGAGAAGGAGAGUGGCCAACUGUUGGUUGACAAGAAGCGUUUCUGGUAUCAUCUCCAACUAGCCUCGUGGCUGAACAAUGAGCAGGGGAAAUACUACAACGAGAUCCUUUUAGGGGACAAGGACAUGUUCCGCUUUGCAUGGCACGCUUUGCGGACAACGUUCGGGAAGCCCGCCAAAUGGCUUACGAGCGUUGGAACGGAAAAUGAUGGUUCCUAUUGCGGGCAUUCUUUCGCUCAGUACCACCCUGACGAUGACCGUGUUGCAUUCCUCCACGGAGGACUAGUCAAGACAGUGUCUCUCGAGGUCAUGCGAUGGAAUCGCGACAUAAUGGGAGGAUAUCUUCGACAUUACAAAAGGGUACCGAGCGAAGAAAACCCAGAGGUUACCGUCAAUGUGGCUAUCAAGUGGGACAAUGCUGCAUAUUUGCCCCAACACUCUGAAAAGUUUGAAGCGGCGCAGUGUACCGAAAUGAUCGACAUUGAAGCGAGAGACGUUAAUGAGAUUCUGCCUGGAUUCGAGAAGACAUUUAGUGAGCUUGGAGGAUACUGGCAGCUUGAUCAGGAAGACGCCAUGAAGCUGGAUCAAUUUGGAUGUCCACACGCGCGCUGA